UAAAUGUACUAAUCCUAUAUCGUCUUUUUUCUUUUCUUUUUUUUUUUUUUUAAUAUGUAGGCCUUAAACCGGAAGUAGUGUUCUUGAGGAUGACAGUUAACUUCGCAGCCUGCCUGCUCUGGCCAACCAGCACCGCCACAACAGCUGGGGAAGGAUUUCCGACCCACUUGCAAUGAAGAUGGUGGCAGUUACAAGAGUGAGGAGCUUUCUGUCGCCCGGACGAGACGGAGAAACAGACAGCCGUCUGUCUUUUUUGUUUUUAUCCAGACCCUAACUACGUCCGAGAGCUAAUACAGGAAGGCGCGGAGGUGUGGAGGGAGGGAGGGGGGAAAGGGUGGCAACCAGCCACCGAACGGACGGAAGAGGACGCACCACCGCCGGAGCGCACAGCGUUGUGUUUUUUGGACACAUGCAUGCCAGCGAAAACUAGUGCUAACCCAGACCUGAGGAAUUGCUUGCGAUCUGGAGAUAAGGAGAGUGCGUUUUGUUUUGUUUUGUUUUUUUCCCUCCCCCCCCUUUCUUUCUGGAUAAUCCAAACGAGGAUCACCAAGAGCCAGAGCCGCUCUGAGGAUUUUCUCCCUUCUUUGCUCCAAGGGAAUGCGAGAGGAGGAAAUCCAGCCUCAUCUCCAAAUAAGCAGAGACUCCUAACUGGGUCUCCUCUCCAAACGCAGGAAAUACGGCCUGGAAGAGAGAGAGAGAGAGAGAAAGAAAAGUUUGGGAGUUGGGAGGCUUUGAGAUGGGGGGUGGAGGCUUUACCAUAACAUUUUUAGCCUAAGCAAUCCUCGUGCUUCUGGGAAGAAGUUCAAGAAAAAAAGCAUUCCCCCCCCCCCCCCCCUUUUUUUUUUUUUUUUUUUUACAUGCAGCGGGGUGGUGUUAUUUGCAAGAGUUUUGAUCAUCACUAUUUAUAGCCCAGCCUGGUCCGAAGUGAAGCCGUUCCCCGUAGCUGCAUAUAUGUUUUGCCAACUGCGCGCAACAAGUUGCAGGCACUCCCAGCAGAGGCAAAACACACGCUAAAAAAAAAAAAAAAAAAAGAACUGGGGCAGUGCAUGGAGAGUUAUUAUUUUUCUUUCUUUUACUAGUGCGGAUCAUGCGUCUGUGAAAAGGGGGAAGUACAGGAGGGGGCGCAGACCCUGAGACCCUCUCUUUGGGAAAAGCGGAGAGAGAGAGAGAGAAAGAGAGAGAAAGAGGGGAGGGAAUAAACAGAGGAGAUCCGGAGCUGGGAGUUCAGGAAAGGACGGGGCUGCAUCCGUGGGAAUAGGCCUGGCUGUCAGGGGCCUCCUCUGUGAGUCGGGUGUCCAAAAAAAAAAAAGAAAAGAAAUAAAGGUAAUGAUAAAAAUAAUAAUAAUAUAAAAUGGAGGGGGGGGGGCGGGGGGCUGCUGCUAUAAAGAUGACAGGGGAAUCUUGGGUAUGAGAAAUGGAAAGCCUUCGCGCACUGAGCCGUGCAUUAGUGGAUGCAGUGGGAGGUAAUUACAGCUCGCACACUUUUUAAUUAACUGCUUUAAGACUUCAUCCGUUUAAGGUCGCCGUUCUCUUUUGAUAAGCUAUAAAUUUUAUUUUUUUUGCCUUUGUAUUAUUGCUAAUAAGUGCAAUUUUAUGUAUUUGUUUCCUCUUCGUAGCACCGGUUGCUGCUCGUGCAUAUAGUAUUUUAUUCGUGGAAAAGGAAUAUAAAUAGAGGAGCUAUGCAGGGUGUCACAGCAAGGACAGUGCAACCUUUGUAACCAACUGUUGACAUCGAUUUUAUUAUUAUCAUCACUAUUAUUAUUAUUAUUAUUAUUAUUAUUAUUAUUAUUAUUAUUAUUAUUAUUCCUCAUUCAAACAACCCAAUUAAGCAACGAUGGGAGAAACUUUCUAAUUGCGCACAUUCAGUGGCUGAUAAUCGCCGGUCGUGCGCAUUUGAAGAAGAGAAAUCUGUUGCACCGCUUCCAUCAGCCGCUUGCCGAGAAAGAUGCCGAGUCCAGGAGGAAGAAAACGUGAUGAUGAGAAUGUUUGCACCGCAGCUGGAGAGCACACCGGACAGCCUCUGUGGAGAGGGAUGCGUGCAAUGCGAGGACUGACGCAAAGGCGAAGCUUCAGAAUGGUGUUCUGUGAGCGUCUUAAUGUGAGUGACUGCGCGUAGUCGAUUCGUCUGUCACCCCUCCCCAGUCAGUGUUAAUUUUCCGACAGAAACCUUUUUUUUUUUCUUGUUCUGCCUCCCAUGUUAGUGUCUGUCCUCCUCCACCUUCCCUCAUUUGACUCGGAGGCACCAGAGUAAAUUACUGAUUGAUUCAACACCUCAGUGACCGCCUCUCCCUCCCGCCCCCCGCCCCGCUUACCCCACUCCCAUCUCCCAUCGCCUCCGCUCGUCAGCACUAGUCAACAUGGCCACUCUGCAACAUCACAGCCAGCUUCUUAUGCACAGCACGGAGGUGAGCUGCGACUCAGCCAGGGGUGAUGGCUCCAUCACCGUGCGGAUUGCCAAUAAUUCCACCCGGAUGCAGCAGCAACAGCAUCAUGAGCCACUUCGGGUUGCAAAGAGUGAAGGAGGAGAGGGAAGAGGAUGUGGUGGAGGAGGGGGUGCCAGUAAAGUGAAACCUGCCCUCCACAAGUACAGCAUCUCCUCCAGCUGCAGCUCAGCAGACUCCAGACCUGUCAUAAUUUACACUCCCAAUGUGCAGAAGAAGGCCCCUUCACUGUUUGAACGCUCCGCCGCCCAGUGCUGGGACCCCAAGUUUGACUCCUCUGUCCUGGAGGACGCCUGCCAGGAAAGGUGCUUUCCACAAAAGCAGAGGCGCUUCCGUUAUGUCCUCUUCUACCUGGCAGUGGCUUCUCUACUCUGGGGGGUGUACUUUGGGGUGAACAGUGACCGCUGUUGUCCCGUGACCUUCCUCGCCCCCACUGCCUCCUUUCUGGCCUUGCUGGUGCUUUUGUUUUUGUUCACCUUUACCAAGCCGUACAUGUGGCUGUACAACCAGACCUCCCUGCUGCUAAUAGUCCUUACAUUUGCCAUCACUUUGGCUCCACAGAUGCAAACUGCUACCUAUGACUGGGCUGCCGAAGUGAACGCCUCGUACACCUCUCUGAACAAAGAGAUUCCGCCUCAGAUGUCCUGCAUCUCCCCAGUUGGCACCUUUUCCCUCUGCAUCGAGGUCCUGCUAUUGGUAUACAGCGUCCUCCAUGUCCGUCUGUAUGCCUCAGUGAUGCUGGGUCUCCUGUAUUCUGUCUUAUUUGAGGCUUUAGGAUGGCUGCCACUACUUCAGAGGAAUUAUGAAGCUACUGGACAGGUGUCAAGUUUGCAAAACACGCUCCUUUGGCUUGGCCCGGGCAAAGGUCUACUCCACCUGUGCGCGCACGUCAUUGGCAUUCAUCUUUUUAUCAUGUCCGAGGUGCGAUCCCGCAGCACCUUUCUUAAAGUGGGCCAAGCCAUAAUGCACGGCAAAGACUUGGAGGUGGAGAAGGCCUUGAAGGAAAGCAUGAUCCACUCGGUCAUGCCGAGACGAGUUGCAGACGAGCUGCUGAAGCAGGGCGAUGAUGAGGGCGGCGGCGAGAAUUCUGGCAAGAGAUAUUCCUCCGGCGCCUGCUCUGCCUCGGCCAUGGCGGUGGGCAGCGGAGGGAGCGGAGGAGCUCUCCAAAGCCAAAGUGUUAUAAGUUCUAAGAAUAACCCUCAUAGCAAUCACAGACGUAAAAAGACCUCGAUACCCCGAGGACAGAUAAUAUUCAGACCCUUUAACAUGAAACGCAUGGAGCCUGUCAGCAUCCUGUUCGCCGACAUUGUGGGCUUCACAAAAAUGUCUGCCAACAAGAAGGCGCCGGCCCUGGUGGGUCUCCUUAAUGACCUGUUUGGACGUUUUGACAGACUCUGCGAAUUGACCUGCUGCGAGAAGAUCAGCACUCUGGGAGACUGCUACUACUGCGUCGCAGGGUGCCCCGAGCCCAGACCAGACCACGCGUACUGCUGCGUCGAGAUGGGAUUGGGCAUGAUCCAGGCCAUUGAGCAGUUCUGCCAGGAGACGUGCGAGACUGUCAACAUGCGGGUCGGUGUCCACACGGGCACCGUGCUGUGCGGGAUCCUGGGAAUGAAAAGGUUCAAGUUUGACGUGUGGUCGAACGACGUCAAUCUGGCGAACUUGAUGGAGCAGCUGGGCAUGGCGGGGAAGGUUCAUCUGUCCGAAGCGACUGCCCGGUUCCUGGACGACCGCUACCAGACGGAGGAUGGACAGGUGGCCGAGAGAGCAGGGCAGAGUGCAAUCGAGAAACUGAAAGGAAUGAAAACAUACCUGAUCUCAGGAAGGAAGCCAGGUCAUGAUGUGCAGUGUGGCUGCUCUCAGGUGGGGCUGCCUGGUGGGGAGUUCCUGGGGGUCAACGUGCCCUCCUGCCCUCAGCCUCGUACACCGGACCUUAUCCACGGAGCAGCACAGGCUGCCGAGUCCCUUCUGCCUCACAAACCAUCGGACAGAACUGUGCCUCCCUGUGUUUUCCAUGGCACCGUGUGCUCGUCCAUGGCAGAGCAGGGCGAUGAUGUGGCCGUUGUGAACGGCUGCCAGGAGGAACACAAGGCCAGCGGUGCCAAGUUCCUGCCAGGCCACAGCCUGAAAGCUGUCAACGGUCUCCUGAGCCCCCCGCUGGAGGACGCCGCCGCCGCCACCGCCGCGCGUGUCAGCCAGAGCUCCUUGUGCGACAUCCUCCAGGACAAAGAGAAGAAGACCAGCACCAGCACGGGGACCGGCACAAGCCUCGGCAUGGCGGCGGCGGUGGCGGCGGCAGGCACGGGCAUGGAUCACUCUGCCCUCAUCCAGCUGCGUGCCAAGAACUUCAAACGGAAAAGCGACGCCCACUUCGUGGACGUUAUCAGGGAGGACAGUCUGAUGAAGGACUAUUUUUUCAAGCCGCCCAUCAACAAGAUCAGUUUGAACUUUCUGGAGAGACCUCUGGAGAAGGCGUAUCGCAGCAGCUACAAAGAAGAGGUGAAGAACCAGGUUCCGGUGCAGACGUUUGCCAGCCCCACUUUCAGUUCCUUCCUGGACGUUCUCCUCAGCUGCUUCGUCUUCCUGGCGUUGACCGUGGCCUGCUUCCUUCCGUCUCUGGUCGACCCGGCCACGGCGGGGCCCCCGGCGCUCGCGGCCCUGAUCCUGGCUCCUCUGGCUGGGUUGUUAGAGACGGCCUCGCUGGUGUUCUCCGUACGCAUGACCUUCUACCUGGAGGAGCUGAGGAGAUGCACUCGCUCGCUGGCCUUGCUGGUGUCCGGCUGGGUCUCUCGUCACCUGAUUGGUGCGGCGUUGGUCUCCCUUCCCGCCGUCUCCGUCUUGUCCCACAUCAGUGUCCGCCUUCCCCUCCAGGUGACCAUGUUCCUGAGCUGCGCCACCAUCUUGGCCAUAAUUCAGUACUGUAACUUCUGUCAGCUGAGUUUUUGGAUGAGGUCCGUCUUCGCCACUAUCACCGGACUCGCUCUCCUGCUGAUGCUGUACAGUCCUGUUCACAGCUCAAGUAAUAACGCCGUGCCAGUUGAUGGGCUGAACGUCUCCACCUCCAGCGGCGGUGUGUCCGAGUUGAGCCCAGACCCGUCGAGACUCUCUGACGUCCUGGUCACGGAGGCGAUCCUGGCCUUCUUCCUGCUCCUCCUUCUGGUCUGGUUCCUCAAUCGUGAGUCCGAAGUCAGCCACCGCCUUCAUUACCACGGCAACGUGGAGGCUGACAAGCACCGCUCCAAAAUCCAGACGCUGCGAGACCAGGCUGAGUGGCUACUGGGCAACAUCAUCCCCAUCCAUGUCGCCGACCAGCUCAAGGAGACCCAGAGCUACUCCAAGAACCACGACAGCGUGGGGGUGAUCUUUGCCAGCAUCGUCAACUUCAGCGAGUUCUACGAAGAGAGCUACGAGGGCGGGAAGGAGUGCUACCGCGUCCUGAACGAGCUGAUCGGAGACUUCGACGAGCUCCUCCGCAAGCCCGAGUUCAGGAGCGUGGAGAAAAUCAAGACCAUCGGCUCCACUUACAUGGCGGCGUCGGGGCUCAACGUCCAGCAGACGAGGGACGACGAAGACGAGUCUCCACACGCGCACCUGAGGGCGCUUUUCGACUUCGCCCUGGAGAUGAUGGGCGUCCUGGAUGACUUCAACAAGAAUAUGCUGGGCUUCGGUUUCAAGCUGCGCAUCGGGUUCAACCACGGGCCGCUGACGGCGGGAGUGAUCGGCACGACCAAGCUGCUCUAUGACAUCUGGGGGGACACGGUCAACAUCGCCAGCCGGAUGGACUCGACCGGCGUGGAGUGUCGGGUGCAGGUGAGCGAGGAGAGCCACGCCGUCCUCAGCGCCAUGGGCUUGGAGUUCGACUACAGGGGGACGGUCAAUGUCAAGGGCAAAGGCCAAAUGAGGACUUUUCUCUACCCGAAAAGCGGGCAGAGCUUUUGCCAGGACCAAACGGAGCCGGCAGCUGGAGUUGGACCGACGAUAUUAACUUCUUGUAAGACUUCCUCCUCUCUUCCCAAUCAGUCCCCACCGCCCCAAAGCACUGUAAGGGCUGCAGGAGCAAAAUCCGAGCCCAACCCAGCGACGAGCGUAGAAGAGAGGGAUGAAGGUUACAGGGACUUAUUACACAUCCCUGAGGAGUCCCCCGACAGAGACUUCAGCAGCCUUGCACCCUUUUUAUUAAGUGCCUUCAGGACUAGAACAGUGAACGAACAAAUAUGA